CACUAAAUUUAACUGUAGUGAUCAAAGUUCCUGUAAGACUUGGUGACAAAGACAUCUGGAUGAACACGAACAGCUUUCAGAUUCCAGGCUGUCAGCGCAGCAGAGAUGAAGAACCUACUGUCACUGAUCUUGUUGAUAAGAUAAAAGAAAAGAAAAUAUUGGACUGCACUGUAGCAAAGUGCAGAGUGUUCAGGUGCUCCAAGUUCAUGGAAAGGAACAAGGACACAACGUACACCAUCUCUGCAAACAUCAGCUCAGGAUGGAUAGAACAGAUCGGACUUUCAUCUGCCAAGUUCCUCCUGACCAGUACAGCCAGUCUAGAGUACGAUGAGAACCAGUACAUCUUCUUCUCUACAACCUCUAAUAGUGGCCCUCCUGUUCACCAGAUUGAGGCAGAGGUAGAAGUGUUUCCUAAACCAGAUUUCACUAAAGAGAUUAUAGGAGGAUCUCUGGGAGGAUUGGCCUUUCUGGUUUUACUUACUGCUGGUCUGUAUAAGGCUGGAUUUUUCAAGAGCAAAUAUAAUGAGAUGAUUAAUGAAAAUGCAGAAGCUGAAGGAGAAGCACCAGCAGAGGGAUAAAAUUGCCUCUUAUUUGUCAUGUCCAUCCAGUACCUUUGUAAUGAUCACUGUUUCUAUGAAAUGGCCUUUUAAUUUAGUGAAUGUACCAAACACAAUGUGUAUUUCCCAAACCAUACUAGUUUGAACAACAAACCGUAGUAAAAUGUUUGCUGUGUAAACAGUAAAGCUUUGUAUAGAAUAACUGGUAAAAAAAUGUAGUUUUUCUUAAUGUUUGGGAUGUGUUGAGGAUACAUUCUCUCUUUUAAAAUGGCAAUUGAAGACACAAAAGAGAGCUUUGCUGUGCUGCUCACAGUUAUUGGGGAUUUAAGGGGUUUAAUAAUGUCGAUGUGUAAAAGAUCUGAAACACAUCAUGAAAUAUUCACAAAUGCAAUGUAAUGUUUCAGAAGCUUUACUAAUAGUGUCUUAAAAAUGACUGUUAUGCUCUGGAAAAGGUUGGACGUUUUAUAUUUGUCAUGCACGCUCACAGCUGGGUGAGGAGUGGGAGUCUUGAAACCGAAAAAAAGUGAGUAAGCUUCAUCAGCUAUGAGCAAUAGCAAGUGGGGAGGUUCACUUCCUCAGCUGAGGGCUAAAUUAGUCAACAAAAGUCUGAGACACGACCGAGAAGUUAAACGGAACAACAUAUCAUCUACCAGCAGAUGAACCUGCUGCAAGCCUCCAAUUAUUUAGGCAAAAUCAGUCUUAGUGUUGACAUUUUUAUAAAAAUAUAAUUCAGCUAAAAUCUGUCAGCUUAUUUUAGCUGAAUGUGAUUUAUUUUUUCUUUUCUGCUUCAACAAGAAAAAAGCAACAUAUGACAUGCAUCUAUGAUAACCAGCUCACAGGGACUGAACUAGCAUGUCACAAACAGGAUGAGAGUAUUGAGGAAGUCUAAGAAAAGCAGAAAUGUUCGGUUUUAUUUUUACUUUUUGUUGUGAAGAGGCUUAAAAGACUGGAGAGAUGGUUAAAUGAUACAUUUUUCCCAUGUCGAUUAUUUUAACUCUGGCUUAUGAUAAGGAUAAUAAAACAUAAAAACUAUCAGUGCAGAGAUACAGUGGCUAUAAAUAAUUGUGGUUCAGUAUUCGAGAAUUAUUUGUUUAAUAUAUCUAAAAGAUUUGAUAGAUAACUCAGCUUGAUGAGCAAAAAUACCUCGGUAUCAUGCUACUUGGCAUGCUACUGGCUAGCUUGCAAUCUAGAAAGACUGUAGCCUCCACUGUCUAUAUUACCGUAUUUUCCGGACUACAGAGCACACUUAACUAUAAGCCGCACCCCCAAAGUUUAAAAAACAAAACAAAACUGGAAACUUACAUAUAUAAGUCGCUGAUAUCUAUGCUGCUCUCGGUUUUCCACAAGAAAAUAGAUCUGCUAUUAAGGACGCAGCUCUGCAUCUGCACCGCAGAACCAUGGAUUCGUUCGCCCCGAGCUUAGUACACCGGCUCUCGAUCUGUACUGCCAGAUCAAUAGCCUUCAACUUAGAAGCUGCAUCAUAUGAGUUUGAAAACAUUUCUCCAUUGUGCCUGCUGCUAGCAUGUGCUUGUUCUAAAUUAAAAUUAGCGCCUUCUUCUUUGAUUUCCAGUUUUGACUUGCAAUGAUUCACGUUGCAAGUCAAAAGAGCCCCCUGGUGGUUGAAGAAAAAUCCGCAGAAAAGCUGCACCGGGCAACAAGCCGCAUGGUUCAAAGCGUAGGGGGAAAGUGGCGGCUUAUAGUCCGAAAGAUAUGGUAAUGCUUAUUAAGAUAUAUUAAGUGUUACAUGAAAAAAAAAUAAUUUAUAGAAGUGGUGUAUUUGGGGCAUUUAAUAAUUCGCAGGCGGUAUAUAGACAUGUUCUUAGUGUCAUUGUUUCUUCAUGGUACUGUAAGGAAAGGUUUUCAGAGACUCUCCUCCUCCCCCAAAUACGGCUUUUGAUUCAUUCAUAUUUGCUAAGAAUUCCCUAAUUAAAACUGUUUUAAUCCAUUUAAUUUCUGCUGACUUUAAAGUGUAACCAAACCGCAACUGAGAGGAUUUCACAAUGGUAAGAAGACUGCGUUGUUCUGUCACACCAACAUGUUCUGCUUUCCAUGCAUUGGAUGUUUUUUUUUAUAAAGAUAUCAGAGUAAAGAGGCUAGAUACAAAUGCAUGUCAUGCAUUUCAGAUUUUUAUUUGUAUUUUCUGUUCCAUUUUUAAGUAAUUAGCUUCUUUUUUGUUUAGUUUAUAACAUAAUAAAACACCGGAAAAGACAUCCAAAAUGGUA